ACUACGAAGUUAUUAUUAGAAUUUAAUGUGUAAUUUCUGUUGUCAAGGUGACGAGGAUUUGUUUUGAACAAUGGUGACAAUGAAAUUGGUUGUUUUUAUAUGACAAAGUCAUGUAUUCUGCCUUUUCUUAAAUAUUUAGAAUGGAAACAUUGAAUCCCCCAUCCUUUGAAGAUGAGGAUCUUUAUUCUGGAUACAAUGAAUAUCACCCAUCCCUGGACACUGCUGCAAUUCAAGAAGAUGAAGCUUUUCAGCAAGCUGUCCGCACCAGCUAUGGACGACGACCAGUGCCUACUGCUAAAAUACCUGGAACUUCUCGUUUAAGUACUUCUCGAGGAGGAACUACAGGAUGGGGAAGAAAUGUUCCAUCCUCAUCUGGGCUGUCCACAAACAGCUCUCAAGAAGGCCUUACUCGUCCAAUGACUGCUGUAAGAGGUGCUGGAUUUACAUCUUCUGGAACCAGAGCUCCCUCUGGUAUUUUUGAUCCUUUAAAUCAAGCAAAAUCAACUGUUUCACCUUUACUCAUUAAAGACGAGAACAGCCCUGAAGAAAGAUUAAAGCAACUUGAAAAGAAGGUUUUGGAGCUCCUCGAAGAAAGCUGUAUAUCAGCUGAUUCUGGAGAAUUGAAAUUGGCCUUGGAUAAAGCUAAGGAGGCUGCAAGCAAAGAAAGAGCUUUGACUAGGCAGCGAGAUCAACUUGCUUUAGAAAUCACACCUAAUAUGGAUCUAACAUUUUCAGUUCUACUAAACUUAGCAACUCAAUAUGGAAAUAAUGAAAUGUAUAGUGAAGCGAUGAACACCUAUCAAAUUAUUAUUAAAAAUAGAUCCUUCAGCAAUGCAGGGAGACUUAAGACUAAUAUGGGAAAUCUUUAUUUCAAUCAAGGAAAUUAUCCUAAAGCAAUAAAAUUUUACAGAAUGGCUUUAGAUCAAGUCCCUAACACCCAUAGAGAUAUGAGGAUCAAAAUUAUGAAGAAUAUUGGCCUAGCUUUCGUAAAAUUAGGACAAUAUACUGAUGCUAUAACAUCGUAUGAAUAUAUAAUGGCCGAAAAAGCUGAUUUUAGAACUGCAUUACAUUUACUUUUAUGCCACCAUGCUCUUGGGGACAAAGAGAAGAUGAAAAAAAGCUUUUUAAAAUUGUUAGAUAUAGUUCUGGAUCAUGUUGAAGAUGAAGACAAAUAUGCUGUGACUACGGAUGAUCCUCAAACUAAUUUGAUUGUUGAAGCAAUCAAAAAUGAUUCUCUUCGUAAAAUAGAGAGACAAAGGAAGCAAGAAGCUGAAUGGACAAUACUCACAGCUGCUAAAUUAAUAGCUCCUGUUAUUGCAGAUUCUUUUGCUGCUGGAUAUGAGUGGUGUGUUGAUCAAAUAAAAUUGUCUCCUUAUGCAGACCUAGCAAACGACUUGGAAAUCAAUAAAGCUGUCACAUACUUACGAAAAAGAGAAUUUUCCCAGGCAAUUGAAACUUUAAAAGGUUUUGAAAGAAAAGAAACAAAGGUUGCUAGCACUGCCGCUACCAAUUUGGCUUUCUUAUAUUAUUUGCAAGGAGAUAUCUCACAAGCUGAAAAAUGUGCAGAUCAAGCUGUAAUAGCUGACAGAUAUAAUGCUGGAGCUUUGGUGAAUAAAGGCAAUUGCUGCAUGGAUAAAAAGGAAUAUGAUAAAGCCAUAGAAUUUUAUAAAGAAGCUCUUUCCAAUGAAGCAAGUUGUGUUGAAGCUCUGUAUAAUUUAGGUUUAUGUUAUAAGCAAGUCAGCAAUGCUGAGGAUUCUUUGGAAUCUUUCUACAAGCUUCAUGGCAUUGUGCGAAAUCAUCCAUUGGUGAUAUAUCAAAUAGCAAGCUUAUAUGAACAAUUAGAAGAUAUUGAUCAAGCGCUGGAAUGGUAUCAACAAGUCAUUACAUUAGUGCCUACAGAUCCAUAUCUUUUAGGGAAAAUUGGUGACAUGUUUGAAUCUGAAGGUGACAAACAGCAGGCUUUCCAGUAUCAUUCUGAUUCUUAUAGGUAUUUCCCUUCAAAUAUGGAAAUAAUUCAAAAGCUUGGAUCCUAUUAUAUAGAGUCACAGAUGUUUGAGGAAGCAAUAAAAUUUUUUGAAAGAGCAGCUAUUAUUCAACCUAAUCAGGUUAAGUGGAAGUUGAUGGUUGCAGCUUGCCAGAGAAGAAGUGGGAAUUAUCAGCAGGCUUUUGAAGAAUAUAAAUCUAUCCAUCGCAAAUUUCCAGAUGAUGUUGAGUGUUUACAAUAUUUAGUUCGCUUAAGUACUGAUUUAGGAUUGAAAGAAGCAGCUGAAUAUGCCGCAAAAUUGAAAAAAGCAGAGAAAGCUAAAGAAGUAAAAACUCAGAGAUCUGCCAGUAGUGGGAGUCGCCCGGGUAGUCGCAGAAGCAGCAGUCGCACAUCUCGCGAUGGGUCUGCUAGCAGCAAUACAAGCAUACCUCUUGGUAGCCCUAGGCAAUCUCAUUCUGGUCAUUCUUUAACCGCAUCUGCUAAAUCUUUGAGCAAUGCACAGAAAAUAUUGGAAGCUGAUGAAUUAACUCUACCUGAAGAUAAUCAAAAUAUGUCAUAUAGAGAAACCUCAGCUUCUCGUCAAAGCCGUCCAAAAACUGCCAACAUCAUUAAAGAUGAGUUUGAAGAUGAUGACAUCGGUGCAGACCUUUUACCUGAUUGAAGCACAACCUUCUACAAGUUAACAGCACCACGCACAUCUAGUCACUGUCAUUUUACAAUAUGUGCAAUUUUUUUUUUAUUUUAUUCAUAUAGAUUUUCUAUGCUUAAAAUAAAGUGAAAAUUUUAAAAUUA